UUUGGGGCUUGCCCCACACUCAGACCCUCUCACCCCAUAGGAGCUGCUUUGGCAAAGAUAUGGAUCCUGCAGAGCCCUGCACAGCUUUGGGUCCGCCCUGGGCACACAGCAGAGCUGAACUGCAGCACUGAUAGAGACCGGAUUGCGGAUCGGCUUUGGGAUGUGAAUUGGUACCGGGAGCUGCAGGGCAACAGGUUGCACUCCAUCUAUCAGAGCUUGAAUUCCUCACGUUCAGAUGGAAAAUACUCCGUGAUGGUGAGAGCAGAGGGAUUGUUUUCCCUUUACAUCAGCGCUGUGCAGCUGGAGGACUCUGGCUUUUAUUACUGCAGUUCCACCGCUUAUCCCUUUGAGUUUGGGAAUGGCACCAGGCUGGUGGUCACAGGUGCUGCAGAGCCCACUCUCUCCAUCCUGCUGCCUAUGGAUAUGGAGCUGCGUGAGCCACCCUCAGCUGCCAUCCCUCUGCUCUGCCACCUCUAUGAUGUCCCUGAGGGAUGGGACAUCAUCCAUUGGCACCACAGCAAUGUCAGUCACCCGGUGAUGGCCGCCUCUAUGGAUGAACGUAGUGGCUGGAGCCUCACCUGGCUCACAGCUGAGCAGUGGGAUGGCACCGUGGGGUGCACAGCCAUGCAGAGCAGCACAGGCAUCACUGUGACCACCAGCCAGCCCAGCAGCACAGCACAGUGCCUGCAGUGGCUGCCGGUGGUUCUGCUGCCCUCAGUCCUCACCAUCACCAUCCAACUGAUGCUGCAGCUCUGCACAAAGCCCUACAAUGGGGGUCCCGGAGCCCCACAGCCCCCCCGGCAGUGCAGACCCCCACUACCACCCCAUUGAGCUACAGAACGAAGCCAGGAGACCGAGUAUGCAGAGGUGGCACUGAGAUCCCCUUCCCCAUGCAUGCAAUGA